CCUCCGGCUAAUACAUAUACAUUUCUCGAACCUUUUCAUUUCACCGCUUUCAGCUCAAAACCCUUUCUUCUUCUUCAUCUUCCAUUUUCCAAUUUUCUCUGAAGAAGCAAUGUCGAAGGGUCCAGGUCUCUACUCUGACAUCGGCAAAAAAGCCAGAGAUCUUCUGUUCAAGGAUUACAACACUGACCAGAAGUUCACUCUCACUACUUAUUCACCAAAUGGAGUUGCUAUAACCACCUCAAGUACCAAAAAGGGUGAGGUUUUUGUUGCUGAUGUUAACACGCAGUUGAAGCACAAGAAUGUCACUACUGAUGUCAAAGUGGACACAGCUUCUAAUCUCUUCACAACAAUCACUGUUACUGAGGCAGCUCCUGGCCUCAAGACUAUUCUUAGCUUCAGAGUUCCUGAACAAAGGUCUGGAAAGGUGGAAGUUCAGUACUUGCAUGACUAUGCAGGAGUUUCCGCUAGUGUUGGUCUGACAGCAAACCCAAUUGUCAACCUCUCUGGUGUUAUUGGAACUAAUGUAGUUGCUCUCGGCCAUGAUCUUUGUUACGACACAAAAACUGGUGAAUUAACUAAGUUUAACGCUGGUUUGAACUUCACCAAAGACGAUUUGGUUGCUUCACUGGUUCUGAAUGAAAAAGCUGAUGUCCUGAAUGCUUCAUACUACCAUGUAGUCAACCCUUUUACCAAAACAGCUGUUGGUGCUGAGGUAGCUCACCGAUUCUCGACAAAAGAGAACACACUCACACUCGGCACUCAGCAUGCGUUAGAUCCUUUGACCACAGUCAAAGCUCGAUUCAACAACUUCGGAAAGGCAAGCGCUCUUAUCCAGCAUGAGUGGCGUCCAAAAUCAUUGUUGACCAUUUCUGCUGAGGUGGACACCAAGGCAAUUGAGAAGAGUGCAAAGGUUGGAUUAUCUUUGGCUCUCAAACCUUGAGAGGAAUUUUGAGUCCUUUUAAUUGAGGUAGGCAUUGUUAGCAAAAAGCACAUAAUUUUCUCUCAAGACUGAAUUUGGCGUUUUUUGAGACACAAUUGUUGUUAAUUCAUGUUGUUUUGAUGAUUGCAUUUUAAGCAAUACAGCGGUUGUAUAAAUAAGUAACAUAGUCUUUCUAUAAACAAAAAUGUUACUCUUAAAUCUUCAUAAUCUUUUGGCAUAUAAUCUUUGGUUGCUCUGA